CGAUUCCCCUCCGCCCUUCCUCCCUCGUCGCUCCGGUGGGGAAGCAGCGCACCCUCCCCCUCGUACCCCGGCCGCUAAGAUGGCUGGUGGUGGGCGGUAAGGCGGUGCGGGGCCGCGGAGCAGCUGACGGGACGGGAGCGCGGAGGGCGGGCGGCGUGUGCCCGUGUGCGGAGUCGCGCAGCGCCAUGUCCGCCUUCGCCCUGGAGGAGACGCUGGAGGCCGACUGGGUGGCCGUCAGGCCGCACGCCUUCCAGGAGCGGGAGAAGCACAAGUUCGCCUUUAUCGUGGCCUGGAACGAGAUCGAGGGCAAGUUCGCCAUCACCCCCCCCCCCCGUGCCGCCGAGGAGAUCGAAGUGCUGGAGCUGGGGAAGGAGGACGUGGCCGCCGCGCUGUCGCUGCCGCCCUCGCCGCCGCGGGCGAGCGAGUUGGGCGCUGCCGACGCGGAGCCGGCGGGGGAGGAGUGCAGCUGGGCCGGGCUCUUUUCCUUCCAGGACCUGCGGGCCGUGCACCAGCAGCUGUGCUCGGUGAACUCGGAGCUGGAGCCCUACCUGCCUGCCUUCCCCGAGGAGCCCUCGGGCAUGUGGUCGGUGCUCUUCGGGGCGCCGGAGCUAUCCGAGCAGGAGAUGGACGCUCUCUGCUACAAGCUGCAAGUUUACUUGGUUCACAGCUUGGAUACCUGUGGCUGGAAAAUCCUUUCGCAGGUGCUCUUCACCGAGACCGACGACCCCGAAGAGUAUUACGAGAGCCUGAGUGAGCUGCGACAGAAGGGGUACGAGGAGGUGCUCCAGAGGGCCCGCAGGCGCAUUCAGGAGCUUCUGGAAAAACAUAAGAAUACAGAAAGUAUGGUAGAGCUCCUUGAACUGUACCAAAUGGAAGAUGAAGCCUACAGUAAUCUUGCAGAAGCAACCACAGAGCUCUACCAGUACUUAUUGCAACCAUUCCGAGAUAUGAGGGAACUUGCAAUGCUCAGAAGACAGCAGAUAAAGAUCUCAAUAGAAAAUGACUACCUAGGCCCCAGAAGAAUUGAGAGUCUGCAAAAAGAAGAUGCCGAUUGGCAGAAAAAAGCCCACAUGGCUGUGCUUUCUAUUCAAGAUCUUACAGUUAAAUAUUUUGAAAUAACAGCUAAAACACAAAAAGCUGUGUAUGAUCGAAUGCGAGCAGACCAGAAGAAAUUUGGUAAGGCAGCAUGGGCAGCAGCAGUGGAACGUAUGGAAAAGCUUCAGUAUUCGGUUUCUAAGGAGACUUUGCAGUUGAUGCGUGCUAAAGAAAUUUGUUUGGAGCAGAAGAAACAUGCGCUGAAAGAGGAGAUGCAAAGUCUGAAAGGUGGUACAGAAGCCUUAGCCCAUUUGGACCACUUAGAAGCUGAUUACUAUGAUCUACAGCUUCAGUUAUAUGAAGUGCAGUUCGAGAUCUUGAAAUGUGAAGAGCUGCUCCUGACGGCACAGCUGGAAAGCAUCAGAAGAUUGAUGUCAGAGAAGAGAGAUGAAGUGGUGUAUUAUGACACUUACGAAAGUAUGGAAGCCAUGCUUGAAAAAGAGGAUAUGGCAACAUCUGUACACUUGCAAAAAGAGGAGCUGCAAAAGUUACAACAAAAAAUCCGCCAGCUGGAAGCAAGGCGUGGACGUAUUUCAGCCAAGAAAGCCUACCUCAGAAAUAAGAAGGAGAUCUGUAUAGCAAAGCAUAAUGAAAAGAUCCAGCAGCGUCACCAGGGCGAGGAGGAGUACAAAAUGCACCAUACUGUUCAGCUGAAACGAGAUCAACUGCAAGAAGAAGAGGAAAGAAAAAGCUCCUGGGUUAGUCAGGAACGACAGAAAACCCUGGACAGACUUCGUACAUUUAAGCAGAGGUACCCUGGGCAAGUAAUACUUAAAUCAACCAGACUACGGCUGGCUCAUGCAAGAAGAAAAUGCGCAGCCAGCUCAGUGCCCUGUGUCGAGCAGCCUCAAUCUUUGCCAGCAACCAUACCAAUCCAAGAGAAGAGCGAGGAGGUGGAAUUGGAAAAAGCAGUUCAGCCUUUGCAAGUGCAGGAAUCCACAAGCCUAAAACAACUUCAAGAUAUCUCUUUGCCUGCUAAUGAUGUUACCUCUGAACUGCCCCAUGUUAGCACUUCUCCACUCACCAGUGACGAGCUUCGACCAGAGACUGCUACUGGAGCACAGCUUCCACCCCCUUUGCCUCCACCACCUCCACCUCCACCUCCACCUUUGCCCUCCAAGGAAGAUGCCACCAAAUCCUUAGAGAAAAGUGACAGCUUUGUUAAACGUCAGAGCGUGGAGAAGGGUGUCCAGCACUCUUCUGGUGGCCCACCAGCACAUCUGUUUGAUAGCAGUCAGCUAGUCAGUGCCAAGAAGAAGCUUAAGAAGACCGGUGAUCUAGAGGGCUUACAGAGGAGGAGAGUGAGUUCCCCAAUGGAUGAAGUGCUGGCUUCCUUGAAACGUGGCAGCUUUCACUUAAGAAAAGUUGAGCAGAGAAGUCUCCCUCCUUUUCCUGAUGAAGAUGAUAGCAAUAACAUCUUGGCGCAGAUCAGGAAAGGGGUGAAACUGAAGAAAGUACAGAAAGAUGUUUUGAGAGAGUCCUUUACAAUUCUGCCUGAUACUGACCCUCUGACAAGGAGCAUCCAUGAAGCAUUGCGAAGAAUUAAGGAAGCAUCACCUGAGUCAGAGGAUGAAGAGGAGAAUUUGCCUUGCACAGACUGGGAAAACUAACCUGUGCUUGACAGCCACCAACGUGCGAAAAGAAACCCCAGUUGAAGAUUACUUUUCUUCUGCAUUUCUGAGAAUUCAGAGCCGGCAGUUAUGACCAUCAGUUCCACAGGAGGCUUUCUUUGGCAAAGAAAUAGUCUUUCUUUGGCAAAUAACUCAGCACAUGGAAAAAAAUGGCCUGAAAUGUUAAUUUUAGGUCACUUUUUUUCUUUAUUUGUUCAAACAAAUUCUGGUUUGGGCAGAAAGCUAAGUUGUUUAGACGUGCAUUUUAUACUAUCAAGAAUGCCCGAUUCUUAAGCACUUUUUAUAUUUGCGUUAGUAAUGUAUGGCCAGUUAAGUGAGGGGGCCAUUUUGAGCUGGGAGACUACUUGCUUUUAGAGUGACUUUGGGGUUCCGAACCAGCUAUAAAAUGGCCCCGUCACUGCACUGAAUAUCUCAUGUGCUUGAAAAUUCAACUAAAUGGCUCCCUGCAGAGAAUCUUGCUGUGUAGCAGUCUGAUAUUCCAGAAAGAGAAUUCCUAGUUGCACUACAGUAGCUGAAAUUCAGUAACAUGCAACUAAGACUUUUUUCUUCUUAGCUUGAAGAAGCAUAUGUCAGUAGGAAAAGCAACAAGUGAUCACAGCACAAUGAGAAUUAGGAGUUGAAUUCAGUACAUAUUCAAGAAUGUGUUUGUUUCCAUCAUGAUACAUUUAGCGAGACAUACUGCAGCACCUUUUUAGAAGGUCAUGUUUAGUCUGACAUCUUUUUAAAGUAGACAUUUUCAUGCUUUUUUAAAAUAAUAUUUAGCUAUGCUGAACCAAGUUAGUUAUACUUUUAUCAUUUGUUAUAAGAAGCAAUAUUUUGUAAUUUCAUACUUAAAAAUAUUUUUCUCUUUUGGUUUAAAAUGGCUUUUGAUUAGUCUAAGCAGCCUUCUUUAAAAAAGAUCAAAGUACUUAAGCAUACUGAAAAUUGAGUUGUGAAAAUCAUGCUAUUCUUGCUGGUUUUCAUUAUUCCCUUUAGUGGCUGCAAAAAUGUUUGUAUUUCAUACCCAAAAGCCUACUGGCUGAAAAAAGUUUAUUUUGAUUCUGACUGUUUUAUUUUUAAAGGAGAGUUACAAUUUCCUCUGCAGUGAAUACUUAGGACUAGUCCUAAACCUCAUGACUAAUGGCUGCAGGCAGCUACUCUUACGAUACCACAGUACCAAGAGGUAUGUCAAAACAGAGAUACAAGUAGCCUUGUACCAUCUAAAAACCUCAUGUGGUAUUAAAAAAUCAGCCCAUUAGACUUCUAGGAAAGCUGAAUUUUCACUAGCAUUUUGUUUUUACUAGCGUAACAUACACUGUGUUUGAGAAAUACACAGUCCCUGUCCUUUGUGUUGUGUGGUCCAUUCACUGUUCCUCUUUUGACAGAUAAACUACUAUAUGGGGAUCUGGGUUCUUUUAAGUGGAGUUACUCAUUGCUGCUGUCGUGUAAUGGAACACGUACUGUGUUAACAUUUAUAAUAGGGGAUUUCAUGUCUUGCCGUUUACUUACAGAGAGAGGAGCAGGAGAACCUUACCUUAGCAAUAGGCUGUGUAAUCUAAAGGAACCUCAGCUCUGGGACCCUUCAGUCUAUUGAAGAUGUUUUGCUGUGGCUGUCCAAAAGUUAAAGCUCUGUCAAACAUCUUGAGAGGAUUUUCUUAACCAUGUUGCCUUACUUAUUAAAGUUAGUGAACAUUGAUUUUUCAAAGCACCUGCGAGCAGUGUUACUGUAGAAUUGUAUAGAUUUUGCUGUGUUAGUUGCCAGGUCUCUAUUUUCCAGCUAUGUGAAACACCUGAUACUGGCUUUCCACAGGCCUAAAACUACAUGAUGCUUUUUUCUUAUUCUCUGAAUUCUGUGUUAUAUGGUAUGGUUGUGAGCUGUCUGAUGCUGUGUUUAUGCAGCAAUGGCAGCAGUUUCAAGAUUCAUUAUAAUCAUUUGACACUACCCUAUACCAUCAGCGGUUUAGUUCUACAUUUGUUUGUAUUUUCAGUCGCACCACACAUUAAAACCAAGGUAAUCAAAGAAAUUUUUGGCUGUAGCACAAAACAGAACUAUGAUGUAGAACGGUAAUUCACAUUAUACAUUUCAUCUGAAACUUAGUGCUGAAUUAACAGUGGUGAACAAGCAACUUUUAUGUUCAUUUUUUCGUAUUUUCCAGCCUGCAGUUUCAUUCCUUGGAGUAUGCAUACAAAACACUAGCAAAAUGUCAAGCCGAGGAAAAAUAGAGUAAUUCUAAAGUAUUUGUGCAGUGGUUCCUUUGCACAUGUUUGUCUGCAGUUUACCACUGUGUUGUUACCUAAAUAGCUCCAUGCUGUACUGUACUACGGUUUUCAGAUAUGUUUGCCAUGUGAUCUGUCAUCUUUGCCUUGAAAAAUGUGUGCAUGAUUGAUGAAAAUUACUCUUCUUAAUCUGUUUCAUAUUUAGCUGAAAUUUUAGAUUUCUGUAGUAGCUUAGUCUCAAUAGAAAUGGAGUUCUCAUAUGAGCAUGUAUUUUAUGGGCACACAAAAAGUAGUUGUUAACGCUGAGCAUAGCAGUAGGUAUCAGUUCAAAACUGCCAUCUUCUGUGUGGAAAAUGAAUGGGGAUUUUUUCCACAUCCUGCUCAAAAAAAAAAAAAAAUCCUGAAUUUAAAUCUCUGUGAGUCACUAGAUGUCACAAUUUAAUGUAAUUUUGACUUUGAUAAAAAAAUUGUGCAUAUGUACUGUACACAGCCUAAUGCAUAAAAGGAACCAUCCUGUGCCAUGUGAAAUUUUCCAGUGGGAUGGCUACCACAGAAGGUGAGGAAAGUUUAGUAUAUUUAUAAGAAACUUUGGGAAAUUAUGACAGUCCUGCGUUGAGGUCAGUUCCUCCACAGCUGAGAAAAACUGUAAUAGUUGUGUUGGUCCGUGAGAAAUCUUGGCAAGCAUCACUAAGGAAAAACAUGUAAACGUGCGCAAGGAAAAAGAGCCUCCAUUAAAAGACCUGCCUAUUGAUACUUUUCAUUUUAUUGUUGUGGCUGCAUUGUUCUGUUGCUAGUUAUUUAUCUUAAGUAGGUUCAUCAGCUUUUGGCUUUUUCCAUUUUUAGAAACUUCCUUCUUUUUUCAAAUUAAAAGUUUUAUUAUGGUGUAACUGAUCGAGUGAAGUAAAGAUUUGGAACGCAUAAUGUUUCUUGUACAAAUGCUUAUGUAAAGACUGAAAAAUCUUUUAUGAGUGGGAACAAGAAACUAAAUAUUUAGUUUCUACUAAAAUAACCAAAAUGUAAGGUAGACAGCAAUAGUCUUGUUCAGAAAUUGAAUUUGUAUCAACAAGAAUUUCUUGUUCUCAUUCAUGGAGGUUCCAGGUCCUUUACAAAUGACCAAUAGUCUUUCUUUACUGUAUUUUCAUGUUAGUUAUCUGUCUAGGGUAGAUGAAGGCUUUUUUAUUUUUCACAAACAUCGCUUUCAAAUUUUGCCUGGUUUUGGUUUUUUUUUUUUGGUUUUUCUUUUUUUUUUAAUCUGACAGUCUGCAUUCUACACCAGACACUUGUAAAAUAAAUUAGUAUGAUUAUAUAUUGUGUUCUUUUGUGACUGAAUUGGGGAUAGAACUCAACAUACUUCACUACGUUAUUUGUAAAGAAUCAUUUUGAGUAUAAGCACUAUAUUCUGUACUGUUUAAUAAUAAAGUAAUGAUAGAUGCAUUAUUGAAGAUGCAACUUAUUGAGAAGAGGAGGCAGAAACUUUAUUGGUUAAUGUUACCCUUAUUCCAUUUGUUGCACUGAAUUUCAGGAGUGUAAUUUGUAAAUCAAGUUUGCUCAUGCGUGUAAUCCGAUUUUAUUUUCAUUGUAAUGCUUAUGUAAUUAAAUUACCUGGAUGUAUUUCUGGUAAUGAUUUCAUAAGCAUGGACAAUAUGUUGUUGAUGUUUCGCACUACAGAAUUAAUGUUAAGAACAAGCAAAGCUUCUUGCGAAGAAAAGGAGUAACAGAAGCACCUUACUGGGAGAGCAUGUUGCAUGAUUUCAGUCCUCUUGGAGUUGACAGACAGUAGGUCAUCCUAAACUUGACUGCAAAUUGCUCUUUGGUGUAAUAAGCACAUCAACAUACUGCUAUCAAUGCUAUCAACACAAUGGCUAUUUUUAACCUAUAAAUAUACUGUAAUUUAAGUUUUCCUACAAAGUGAAUUUAUAUUUAAUUGCUGCCUAAUACAUAAAUACUUAGAA